CGUCCUUCAAUCAAUUAUUCAAUACCAAAUGCUGAUGGAAUGCAGAAAGUCCUAACAACUCCUUGUGUCGUUCAGUAAUGCUAACAUGGCACCGAAUAAACAAGGAGGUUCUUCACAGCCCCAAGCAUCCCAGAGCAAGAAGCAACAGUCUAUCUCCAGCUUCUUCACUCCGAAGUCCACUCCCAGACCUGCUGCUGUGCCUUCGAAGCCUGCACUCGCGUCCUCUCCGAUCCCAAAUGAAGAUACCCCUCAAUUGAAUGGUACUGCGGAAGAAUCAUCCGACAAUGAAUCAAACCAACGAAUAUCCAAAGGAUCAAGAAGGAGCCGAGCUGUCAUCGAUGAUGAUAGUGAUGUGGAAAACGCGGGCCCCAAUCCAAAGCGAUCUCGAACCAGCGAACCGAGCACCCACUCGAAAAAACAACAUGCGGUCCAGCCAUCAUUGAACGGAGAGAGUCUGGUCUUGUCCCCAUCCAAGAGCAAACACGUUCUAUCAAAUGGUCGGGGCCAUGGUGGCCCGUCUGGCCGGACGUCUAGAUAUGUCUUCUCAAGCUCGCCUGCGGACAUCGACAUCCAAGACCCAGAAUCGGACGACGUCCGCUCCCAGAAAGAGCGCCUCCAUCAAAAAUUUGUCAAGAGGUUGGGGAAACCGGACAGCAUCGCUGAAUUAAAGCGACGAAAUCGCCUCAUAUCAGAAGAAACAGCAGACCUGGACGGCGCGGAGCAAAGCGAGAAUGAAGACGCGCCCGACCCGGCUCCGAAAUCCGGCCAGAAAGGGAAAAAGGCGGCCGGUGGUAAAAAGAAGGCGACCAAGCUUACGCCCAUGGAGGUACAGGUUCUGGACAUUAAGCAUAAGCACCCAGACACAGUGCUUGUGGUCGAGGUCGGCUACAAAUUUCGGUUCUUUGGAGAAGAUGCACGGAUUGCAGCAAAGGAACUUGGAAUUGUCUGCAUCCCUGGGAAGUUCAGAUACGAUGAACAUUUCUCGGAAGCCCAUCUGGAUCGAUUUGCCUCUGCGAGUAUCCCGGUCCACCGUCUCCACGUCCACGUGAAGCGAUUGGUAGCAGCAGGACACAAAGUAGGCGUGGUUCGCCAGAUUGAGACAGCCGCCUUGAAAGCGGCUGGUGACAAUCGGAAUGCUCCUUUCGUUCGAAAACUUACCAACCUGUAUACGAAAGCAACCUAUGUGGACGACAUGGAGGGCAUUUCCGGACCAAUGCCCGUUGCUGGUUCCGGAACUCCGUCAUCUGGGUAUAUACUGUGCCUAACCGAAACGAAUGCCAAAGGCUGGGGAACCGAUGAAAAGGUCCAGGUGGGCAUCGUGGCGGUCCAGCCGGCCACCGGAGAUAUCAUCUACGACGAUUUCGAAGACGGAUUCAUGCGAGCGGAAAUUGAGACUCGGUUACUGCAUAUUGCUCCAAGCGAGUUCCUCAUUGUUGGCGAUCUCUCCAAUGCCACGGAAAAAAUGAUCAAACAUUUGACUGGGAGCAAGAGCAACGUCUUCGGGGACCAAGCCCGAAUCGAGCGCAUCGAAAAGUCCAAGACGGCUGCAGCGGAAUCUUACAACCACAUCUCCAACUUCUAUGCGGAGAAAUUCAAGGCCAGUCAAUCGGAGUCCAACGCGGAGGAGUCUUCCCAAGUUCUCGACAAGGUCCAUCAGCUUUCCGAGCAUGUUACGAUCUCUCUCUCCGCUCUGAUCAACCACUUGAGUGAAUACGGGCUGGAACACGUUUUUGACCUCACCAAAUAUUUCCAACCGUUCAGUUCGCGGACUCACAUGCUCCUCAACGGAAACACACUUACAAGUCUGGAGAUCUUCCAGAAUCAAACCGACUAUUCCGAGAAAGGAAGCUUGUUCUGGACCGUGGAUCGGACGAAAACACGAUUUGGACAUAGACUCCUCAAGAAAUGGGUAGGACGUCCAUUACUGGACCGCAAGGAGCUGGAGGAGCGAGUCCAGGCAGUGGAAGAACUGAAGGAUGGACAGCUAUCUGCUGCUGUAGAGAAGGUCCGCCAGUUGGUGAAAUCGGUCAAGAGCGAUCUCGAAAAGAUCCUGGUCCGGGUGUAUUACAAAAAGUCUAGCAGACCGGAGCUUCUUGGAAUGCUGCAGACGUUGCAGCGAGUUUCGAACGAGUACGCAGAUGUCACCGAACCGUCCAGUGCCGGUUUCUCCUCAACCAUCCUCAACGAGUUGGUUUCGACUCUGCCGAGAAUCAACGACUGCAUCGUUCGCUUUCUAGAGCAGGUCAACGCGAAAUCAGCCCGAGAUGACGAAAAAUAUACUUUCUUUCGUGAGGAGUACGAAACGGAGGCGAUAAAGGAGCAUAAAAAUGGUAUCAAGGAGUACGAGGAGAAGCUCGACGCCCAUCGUGCCGAUGCAGCAGCAACAAUCAAAAAGAGCAAAGUCAAUUAUAUGACCAGUUCGGGGAUCGAGUACCUCAUUGAAGUUGAAAACAAUGAGGUGAAGAAGGUCCCUGCAUCCUGGAUUAAGAUCAGUGGGACCAAGAGGAUCUCGAGGUUCCACACGCCAGAAGUGGUCAAGUUUUUGCGAAAGCGAGAUCAGCACAAAGAGUCUCUCGCGGCUGCCUGUGAUGAUGCGUUCAAGGAGCUGUUGGAGGCGAUUGGCGCUGAAUAUCAAGAACUUCGAGAUACGAUCCAUGCUCUUGCAACACUGGAUUGCCUGCUCUCGCUAGCAGAGAUUGCCAAUCAGCCAGGCUACAGCAAGCCAACCUUCAUCGAAGAGCCGGAAAUUCGCAUAGCUGGAGGCAGACACCCGAUGGUGGAACAGCUCCUUCUAGAUGCAUAUGUGCCCAACGACAUCAAGCUACGAAGCGGGUCCAACGCCAAUGCAAUCGACGAGAAUGGAUCCGAGGAGAACGAAAUUGUCACACCCAGCGCUCUGCUCAUCACCGGCCCAAACAUGGGAGGAAAGUCAUCCUACGUUCGACAAACCGCCCUCAUCAGCAUCCUCGCGCAGAUCGGAUCCUAUAUCCCGGCCGAAUCCGCAGAACUCACACUCCUGGAUGCGGUCUUCACCCGAAUGGGUGCCAACGACAACAUGAUGAAAGGCGAGAGUACGUUUAUGGUCGAGCUCGGCGAAACGGCCGAGAUCUUGCGCCAAGCGACGCCGCGCAGCCUCGUAUUACUGGACGAGCUGGGUAGAGGUACGAGCACGCAUGAUGGCUGCGCCAUCGCCGAGGCGGUGUGCCGACACAUCGUUGAAGACAUCGGGUGCAUGCUGUUGUUCGUUACGCAUUACCAACUUCUCGGCCUACUUGCGGGUGAGCUCGACGGUCGGCUCCAGAAUGUGCAUAUGAAGUUCAAGGAAAAUACGCGAGACGAUGGGGAGGAAGUGGUCACGUUCUUGUAUGAGGUGGGCGAAGGAAUGGCGCAUCGAUCAUAUGGCUUGAAUGUCGCGCGACUUGCCAAUGUUCCGAGGUCGGUUGUUGAUAUGGCUGCGGUGAAGUCCAAGGAGCUGGAAGAGAGUACUGAGCAACGACGGUUGCAAAGAAUUUUCAAAACUCUCGACGAUCUGCGAGGGGCGGAUAACGACAUCAACUGUCUCAACAGGGUAUUAUCCGGUGUUGAACAGCUAUAGGUACUGUUGUUACAUGGUUGUUGAUACAUUAUGUAAUCACACAAUUCUUUCGGAGAUUAGUCUGAAUAAUCCAGGGGCUCAAGCCUCCACAGUCCACAGAGCCGCUUUUACUCCUCAGUAAUGAGGGUUGGGAAC